AUGCUGGCCCAUCCCCUACUGGCCCAUCCCCUACAUGCCCAUCUCCUACUGUCCCAUCCCCUACUGGCCCAUGCCCUGCUGACCCAUCCCCUACUGGCCCAUCCCCUACUGGCCCAUCCUCUGCUGACCCGUCCCCUGCUGGCCCAUCCACUACUGGCCCGAACCCCUGCUGGCCCCUCCCCUGCUGGCCCCUCCCCUGCUGGCCGAACUCUCCUGCUGGCCCAUCCCCUGCUGGCCCCUCCCCUGCUGACUGAACCCCUGCUGGCACAUCCCCUGCUGGCCCAUCCCCUGCUGACCCCUCCCCUGCUGGCCCAUCCCCUGCUGGCCCCUUCCUUGCUGGCCCCUCCCCUGCUGGCCCCUCCCCUGCUGACCCAUCCCCUGGUGGCCCAUCCCCUGCUGACCCAUCCCCUACUGACCCAUCCCCUGGUGGCCCCUCCCCUACUGGCUGAACCCCUGCUGGCCCCUCCCCUGCUGGCCCCUCCCCUGCUGACCCAUCCCCUGGUGGCCCCUCCCCUGCUGGCCCAUCCCCUGCUGGCCCCUCCCCUGCUGGCCCCUCCCCUGCUGACCCAACCCCUGCUGGCCCCUCCCCUGCUGGCCCAUCCCCUACUGGCCGAACCCCUGCUGGCCGAACCCCUGCUGGCCCAUUCCCUACUGGCCCAUCCCCUGCUGACCCAUCCACUGCUGGCCCAUCCCCUGCUGGCCCCUCCCCUGCUGGCCCAUCCCCUGCUGGCCGAACUCCUGCUGGCCCCUCCCCUGCUGGCCCAUCCCCUACUGGCCCCUCCCCCGCUGGCCCAUCCUCUGCUGGCCGAACUUCUGCUGGCCCCUCCCCUGCUGGCCCAUCCCCUGCUGGCUCAUCCCCUGCUGGCCCCUCCCCUGCUGACUGAACCCUUGCUGGCCCAUCCCCUGCUGGCCGAACCCCUGCAGGCCCUCCCCUGCUGA